ACACUCUUCAUUCUUGUCACCAAAUAUACCACGACACAACAUCCUCCGUUGAAAAAUAUCACAAUAUUAUAUGUUAUUGUCUUCAAAACUAUUACAUAUCUGUCUGUAGAUAUUUGUUGUUGUGGUCAUGGAGACCUCAGACGAGUCGCUAACGUUGGAGUUCAUACGCCACCAUCUCCUCGAAGACUUCACUUCUGCAGACUCAUUCUUCGACAACCUCACUACUCUUUGUUUCUCCGAUGUUUAUGGCGACAAGCCCAUUUGGAGCCCCGGAGAGCUCGAAUCCCCCUCCUCUUCCGGCCCCACUCCCCUGCCCGAUUCCCCGAUUUCUCAGUAUUUCGCGUUCAGCCCGGAUUUGUUCGAGUUUGAGACGAAGCCCCAGAUUAGCAUGAGUACGACGGAUACUCAAGAUGAUCCAUCUUUUCCAGAGAGUCCGGAGGCACCCGUGAAGGCCGAACCCGAAUUCACCGAGUUGGUUACUGGGUCGGGUGUGACUCUGUUGGCGGCUGGAAGACACUACAGGGGAGUUAGACGGAGGCCGUGGGGGAAGUACGCGGCGGAGAUACGGGAUCCGACCCGGAAGGGGAGUCGAGUAUGGCUGGGGACUUACGACACGGAUGUGGAUGCAGCCAGGGCUUACGACUGCGCCGCCUUCAAGAUGAGGGGCCGCAAGGCCAUUCUGAACUUCCCGUUGGACGCCGGAAAACCUCCGCCGGCGGCGAACGCCGGACGGAAGAGGAGGAGACCGGAUGGGUGUGCUACUCCCAGUCCUUAGAUUAUGAGUGAUUGAAGUAUGUGUAGUUGAAGUAUGUCCACUCUUGAUGGAGGAAACAAGGGCAUGCGGAUACAAGUUAGAGAAGCAGGUGUUGAUUGUACAUACAGUUAUAGAGGUUGUACGUAGCUAGCUAAAUAAGUAAUUUACUUUGAAGCUGUACAUAAAAUGUUGGGAAAUUGAUAAUCUCCUUUUUGUUACACUAUAUUAAAUAAAAGUGAGGAAUAAUGACGAUAUGUCCCUUUUAGGAUUUA